GGUCAGACCCUGAUGUGCUCUAGGCCCAGAGGAGCCACAAGCUUAUUGCCUGUGAGCCUCAGAAGGCUGCCUGCAGGAGGUGGCCUUUGGGUUGGCCUCCAGAAUUGGUCAGAGGGUGGGUUUUCUUCAGGGUUAUGAGAAUGGGCAUGUCAGGAUUUGAGACAGAGAGUCUAGCAUCAGGGUAUUCUGGAAUGGGCUGCAGGGCGAGUGUUGGGGCCUUGUGAGACUGCAUCUUGAGAAUGGCAGUUGUCCCGAGGGUCUGGGGAGCCAACGAGAGCUUUGAGCAGAGGAGCAGGAGAUGUGACCAGCAUCUUGGGCAUGGAUGGACAAGGAAGAUGGGGAGCCCAAGACCAAGCAGCUCAGAGAAGGGGAAGAGGAAGGCGAGAAGCACAGGGAACUCAGGCUGCGGAACUACGUCCCAGAGGACGAGGACCUGAAGAGGAGGAGGGUGCCCCAGGCCAAGCCAGUCGCCGUGGAAGAGAAGGUGAAGGAGCAGCUGGAGGCCGCCAAGCCAGAGCCCGUCAUUGAGGAAGUGGACCUGGCCAACCUUGCACCCCGGAAGCCUGACUGGGACCUCAAGAGAGACGUAGCCAAGAAACUAGAGAAGCUAGAAAAACGGACCCAGAGGGCCAUUGCCGAGCUGAUCCGUGAGAGGCUGAAAGGCCAAGAGGACAGCCUGGCCUCUGCAGUGGACGCCACCACCGAGCAAGAGGCCUGUGACUCUGACUGAGGCACGCCAUGUCCCCUUGCCCCUGUCGGGCCUGUCCUGUGGGUGGGUGGUCUCGGGCAAGGGUGGGGCUGGGCUUGCUGUUACCUCCAGAGCCAAACCGCCCCGUCAGCCUGAAACCCCCGCCGUGGGGUGAGGUCAGCUCCUUGUCUCCUGAGUGGUCCCCGUCACCCCGACAGGGGCAGAGCUGACAGCAACCCUGUGGGCUUGCUGUGUCUGUACAUAUGUGUGUAUUUUGAACUUUCUUUUAUCUCUAGAAAUAGAAACAAGCAGACCUGUAUGUGCGCCAGAAACCUGUCAAUAUUUUCUGAGUCCUUGGGGCGCUGUGGGUUUGGGCCCCAGGGCAAAGCAGAGGUGAAGCUUAGUAUGAGUAAGUGCUGUGUUGGGCUGAGCAUGUUGAGGCUGGAGGGGUGCAAAAGGCCCAGGCCUGACCUUCUGAGUCCAGAAGGUAGUCGUGUCAAAACCCACAGGUGACAGAGACCGAGUCUGAGAGAAGCCUUGCGGGCCUGGGCCUCACAGCAGUCUGUGGGACAGCGUGGAGGGGCUCCCACCCUGGUCCUCUGUGGACCCCCUCACAGUGUGAGAGAGGCUGGGGGUGUGGAGAGGGUGCACUGUGCCUGGCAAGGCUCCAUUCUGGGCCGCUCCAGAUUCCAGGCCCCUGGUGCUGGUCUCUCUCACCCUGUACAACCCCAAGCAGCCCUUCUCCCCACAACACAGUCAGAGCUAGACUGUGGCUUCUCUGGGACAGGGCCCCUGUAUUGGGGAGGGUGGCUCAUAUAGACUAGGGUAUCAUAGCUUUGGUUUUGAGUGUGGUCAUGGACCCUGGGUCCCCAGGGUCCUGGCAUUAGGACCGUGACCCUUCUCUGGAGCUGACUCUCCAGAGUGACUGGCUGGCCACAACUCCCGAGUCCAAGUACCUGUGGCCAGCUGGAAUUUCAUGACCAGAAUGAUUACACUCUUGAGUCUCCUUCAGGGUUUCCCCUUGAGCCUCCCACCCCCGCCCUGUGUCAUUCCAGGGUGUCGUCCCCUCUGUGCUCAGUCGGAGGAACACAUUGGCCUGGCUCUGGCAGACAGUGCCGAGGACCCCAGGUCAUAGUGGUGGAGUGAGUGUGUGCACACAGAGACCAGCAUGCUCAUACAAAAAAGUAAAUGCUUUCAGCUAAAAGUAUGCAAUUACCCGAGGAAGGUAAUUUGUGCAGAAAGGGAGCAGAAACUUGCAGGGAUGAUAGGGCUAAAGUGGCAGGUGGCUGGCUGAGCAGUGGGCAACCCAGCACUCUGGUUCCCACACCAGUGGGGGUUAGACAUGCCCACAGGUGUCAGGUCUAAAGCCACACUCCUUCUGCAUAGCAGCGUCUGGAGCUGGGCUUCCCUUCCUGGGAGUAAAGGAUAAGAAGGUGUCCCCGGCCCAGGACUGCUGUAGGAAGUGGGGUGCUCGUCCGUGACAGUGUGAGACUCACACGUGGUGACUGGCGGCUAGCUUCCCACUAGGACUAGAGUGUGGCCAGCCCCACAGAACAAGAGCCCCGAGUGCUGAUGAGAAGUUUCCUUCUGCAUUUACAGCUCUCUUUGCCUAUAGAAGACUGCCAGGCAGAGAGAGAGAGAACAAAAACCAUCACACACGAUGGGCACUUAGACUCACAUUACAAAAUGUGUGAGAAAAUCCAACACCUUGAAGAAUGGCUACCAUCCCAACAUGUGGAAGAAUUUACACCCAAGGAAGCUGAAACAGUUACAUCCUAACAGGCUUUUAAAAUGAGUGUUUGUUUUAUUACCACAGAGAUAAAAGAGGGACUGAGCCCCAUGUCUCAGGAACAGGGAUUAGGCAUGAGGGAGAUCUGUUUAGAAAUCUUGGAAACAAAGAAUGUUUAUGAAAAUAAGCAGCGCGUACACACACACACACACACACACACACACACACUCAGCAACUCACUGGAGGAACUAAAUAAUAACAAAGAAGGAAUUGAUAAAUAGGAAGGGAAAGCUGAAGCUCCAAAAGGUGGCAGAGAGAGAAAAAGAAGAGAGAAAGAAGAGAGAGAGGGCGGUUGAGAACCUUGACGUACUGCUCGAUGGCCUUUAGUGGACAGGAGAUGGAGAAAAGAAACCUGGAGACAGAAGGUACUUGAAGAAGGAAUGGCUGACCACGUCGGUUUCUGGCAUCACAGUAGAAUAGUUGCCUGAACUGAUCCUCCCUUUGCAAACAGCUAAAAACACUAGGGAAAUAAGUCAUUACAACAAAUACUUUUUAAAUGCAUCAUUGAUCUGGCAAGAAAGUCAAGAACACUCAAGCAAGAAGGUAAGAGAAGCAGCAGAAUGCUGAAGCCUGACCUUUGCCUUGAAGAUAUGUAACAAACCAGGUGAAACCAGUCUUGGUUUUUGGGGUCCUCGGUGCCUGGGGCUAAGAUAACGCAAUGCCUAUGCAUAAUGAGGGGCCUGGUAGGAGAGCCCUCCAGAAAGCUGGGGCCCCCAAGGGCACUCCCUCUGAACGAAUAAUAAAUCUGCUGUCUUGGCAUCCCAAAGGAAAACUGAACCUUGCCACUGACUGAACUGGAAAAAGGUCUCCCUUGAGAACUGAGCUGGCCCUCGUAUGGGUUUGCUCAUGAGAAACCUCCAGCCAAGAAUAUAAAUGGCUCCAGAAUGUGGUGGUCUCAGAUGCUUGAUAGAAAUGCAAAUCCUACCUGAAUGAACCUUGAUUCAUUGCAGUCCUUAACGAACGCCUGUUGAUAAAGUUCAGGAAAAGUGAGCAGCUUCUGGAAAAGGUCACCCACCAAAUCUACUAGGCAACAAGGCACAAGGAGCAAAGGACGUGGGCAAGGAUGUGGUAGAAUCAGACUUGCAAAGGAUUCAUACAUUAGAAUGACCAGGUAGACGAUUUAAAUGUUUAAAAACGAUGCAAGAAUUAAAAGACAGGCCUGAAAAUAGGAACCUAUUUGCCAAAAACCAAAGUGAUGUUCUGGAAAUAAAAAUUAUUAUAGCAGUUAAAAGCCCUGGAUCUGUGAGUUAGAACUAAAGAAGCGGUUCAUGUACAGGAAGCUAGGCCUGAAGAGGUCCUCCAGAAUGUAGCAGGAUAAACAGAUUGAUAAAACCUAAAACAAGAAGCUAAGAGAGAUGGAGGACAGAGUAGGAAGAGCCGACAUGAUGUGUGAUCGGAGUCCCAGGAGAGGAAAAAAAGACAAAAAUGGGGUGGAGGAAACACUUUUUUUAAAUGACUGAACUUUUCAAAAUCACCAAUCCACAGAUUCAGCGAGGCCAGCAAAUCUCAAGCAGGGCAGAAAAAAGAAACCAACACUGAGAUGUCCCAUCUCUUGAUGUGGAUGGUGAUUAAUUAGGUAUAUUCACUUUAUGACUAUUCGUCGAACCACACACAUAUGAUCUGUAUGCUUUUUGUAUGUGUGUUAAAGCUCAGUAGGCACGUUUACUUAAAAUGUUUUCUUGGAUCAAUCCUCCAUCACUGUAUACAAAUUACAAUCAAAACCCAGUGGCUUGAAACAAACCUUUACUACUGGAUGGUUUCGAAUGCAGGAGUAGCUCACCUGGGUAGUUCCAGCUUGGGAUCUCUUUGAGGUUGCAGUCAAGACAUCCCCCAGAGCUGUAGCCACCCAAAAGUUUGGCCGAGGCUGGGGGGUGAGGCUUCCGUGAUGGCUUCCACUCCCAGGAAGGCUCAUGGAAGCAUGCCGUGUGCACAAGUCCUUGCCACAUGGAUCUCUCUGGCAGGCUUGCCUGCGUGUUUGCGUCCUGUGGCAACUGGUUUUCCCCAGAAUGAGCGAGCCAAGACAGAGGCAAGUGGAAGCUUUAGAGCCUUUUAUGACCUGGUCUUGGAAGUGAUGUGCUGCCACAUUAUAUUGUGAGGAGCAAGUCACUACAUCCAGACCACACUCAAAGGAGAAUUAGUUCCACCUCUGGAAGGGAGGUCUAAGGAUUUGUGGAUGUAUUUUAAAACCACUGCAUACCCAGACACAGUGCAAUAAGUUGGCAGAAUGAAAAGAGCAGAAAUGAUGUUAAAAUUAGAAAAGAUUUAUUCCCUUUUAAUGAGCAAGACAGCAGAUGUCUCAAUCACAACCAGUGUUAACUGGGGAGAUACCUUCUGGUAUCAGUGUUAACUGGACGAAAAGAAAUUGUCAACUUAAAAUUCUAUACCCAGAGAAAAUAUCUUACAAGUACAAGAUAGUUGCAGACAAGCAAGCCCAGAGCAUCUAUUACCAGCAGACCCUCAUGAAAAAAAAAAAAAAAUUGAUUUUGGGGGUAAUGAAAAUAUUCUACAGUGGAUUAUGGUGGUUGCACACAUCUGGAAAUACGCUAACAGCCAUUGAAUUAUACACUAUCAAUGGGCAAAUUGUAUGAGGUGUAUAUUAUAUCCAAGCUGUUGUUAAAAAAUUAAAUAGGGGUGCCUGGGCAGCUCAGGCAGUUAAUCGUCCAACUUCAGCUCAGGUCAUGAUUUUGUGGUCUGUGAGUUUGAGCCCCAUGUUGGGCUUUAUGCUGACAUCUCAGAGCCUGGAGCCUGCUUCUGAUUCUGGGUGCCCCACUCUCUCUGCCUCUCCCCUGCUCAUGCUCUCUCUCUCUCAAAAAUGAAUAAAUGUUAAAAAAAAAAAACUAAAAAUGAAAAAAAAAAGCAUGCUAAAAAAAAAAAAAAAAAGUUCUACAGGAUGUCUUCAGAUUGAAAUGAGACUGGAUCCCAGAUGGAAAAUCUGAGCUAGAAGUAGGAACAAAGAGAAGGUGGAACUCUAAAUAGGUUAUAAAAUGAGAAUGUUCCAUGGAAUGAAAGUAAGACAAGGGCUACGAGAACAUGUAACAGCAGUGGUAGGUACAUACUCUUGAUUGGAAUUACAGCUCUCUACAAAGCUCACGGGUGAAGAGACAAAAGACUCAGACUCUGCUACACAGGCAGGCUGACAUUUCUGCGGUGACCCUAACAAUAGAAAAAGAGUGUACCACUUCCAAAGCAGUUGUAAAAAAAACAAAACAAACAAACAAACAAAAAACUACCCAAAAGAAGGCAAAGAGAGAAAAGUGGGACAAGUAAAUUAAUCCAAAAUACAUCAGUGUACUAAACCACCUUAUUUUUUUUUAAACUCAGUCUGAUGCUGUUUAAAAAAUAAAGCUUAAAUCCAAACCUAAACUCAAAGAAAGAUGGAAAGUGAAGGGAUUAGAAAAGCUCUAUCAAGCCCAGAACCGACAAAGGUAGCUGGGGUAACCUCAGACGGGGAGACAUUCGGACAGAAGUGGUAUUAGCUAUGUGAAUGUGCUUUGCAGCGCUGGGGCUGUCACUUGCCGCCCAAAGGGUGCGACCACUUUGGAGAAGCGGAACACGUGUACAAGCUGUGAGCAUCAAUUCCAGAAGUAGUGUUCUCGGGGACCUUGGCACGGGUGUGACGCUUGCAGGAGCGUCAUUCAUCACAGCGCAUGUGCACACAUCCACCACAUUGAAACACA